AUUCAAGCGUCAGUUUCUGCGUUAGCUAUAGUGUGUGCUAAUAGACUCGUGUACGAAGUUAUGAACAAACGCUGUAUUUAUUUUGAUUAAAUAUUUGGUGUGAGUGAUCGGAUAAAGCGAUGGAAACUGUGACGGAUGAAGACGCAUCUAAACGAUCUAAGAUAGAGCUACGCAAACUGAAAUUGGCAGAAUACCUUGCGGCCAAAGGCAGACUGAAAGCACCUAAUCCAAAACCAUAUCUCAAGGAGAAGCCUGUUACAAAGAAACAUGCUGAAAAUAACCAGAAGUCCAAAACUACAGCUGAAAGAAAGGAGAAUUGUGGCAUCAAUGGCACAAAUAUAAAAGAAGUGAAGAGAGUGAAGACAUUGGCAGAGGAUGAUAAAAACACAUCCUCAAAAGAAGGACUUGGUAUGAGUUCGCUAGCCAAAGCCCAAACACAGCUGUCCAGUAAUUCCCGUAAUGCUAGCCGGGAAGGCCGUCGUGUUUUGAGGACACAGAGCAACAAAACAGCUUCUCUUCAAAAUCCAAAGAAACCCCACAAUGCUGAGAAAACAGCUGCGCCGUUCAAGAGGACUCGUUCACAACGCCUUCGAAGUGUCCAACCCAAAGCUCAGCCAGCUUCCCAAUCCCAUGCUGCAAAUACAAGCAAAUCCAGUCUUGUUUCCAUCUGUAACCCUUCACAGUCUGCACGUGGCGUCUCUGCCCUCAGAAGCACGGAUCAGAGCCGCACCAAGACGGACAUUCAGUCAACGUCAAAGAAAUUACCUGAAACGAGCGUCAAAUCAACCUCAGCUGCCAAUUUGACAAGUCAAAGACCAAUGAAUACAACCGAGACAAAAAUGCAGAGAAACGGUGUUUCUAAAACCCAAGUGAAACCCAUGCAACAACCCAGAAGUCCGAGUGCUGUGCACAGCCGCAACCGGAAACCAAACCCAUCGACGAACAGAUCCGACGUGAACCGGAGAAAAGAUACUUUCUUCGUAGAUGCCACUAAAACAAAAUCAAAUGGCUCUGACACAAUCAGAGCGACGAGGGCGAGCACCUCUUCGACUCGCUCUAAACCUGCGAAUAGAGAAGCAGCAGCAGCGGCGGUCAUCAAAAAUAAACAACUAAAUAAUGCCGCUGCUUCUACCAAACCGGCCGGUCGAAGCUCCAGGAGUUGUGUUCUGCCGCAGACGACCAGUGCGCCUCCAGAGCUUCACCGGCCCGCUAAGAUCUCCAGCCAGGCCAAGCCUGCGGUUCAACGGCAGACUCCGAAAUCCAGACUGUGUCCCGGCUCUCAAGGAGUCCGGACCGCUCCGGUAGAUGGAGAGAAGAAGCCCACUGCAGCUCAGGAGGACAGACUGCGUAAGCUCCAGGACUGGAGGGACUCGAGGGGGAUCACUUAUAAACGCCCCCCCAUGCCUGUUCAUCUGGUGAGGAGGAAGACUGUUUCUGCUCUUCCUCAGCCGUUCUGGACUUCGCGUAAGCUCCAGGACUGGAGGGACUCGAGGGGGAUCACUUAUAAACGCCCCCCCAUGCCUGUUCAUCUGGUGAGGAGGAAGACUGUUUCUGCUCUUCCUCAGCCGUUCUGGACUUCUAUGGAGAAUGAAGAUGAGGUUCAUGAUGUUGUCUUCGCUGUGGACCGAUCGCUGGAUGACUGCAUUCAAUUAUUACAGCAGGGUUUCCCAGCAGAGCGGGUCAGAGAUGUGCUGUCUCGGGUGCCAAUGGCACAGAAGUUUGCUAAAUACUGGAUCUGCCAGGCCAGACUAAUGGAAAGAGCGGGAAACCUGGAGGUGCUGCCCAUGUUUCAGGAGGCCAUCCGUGUGGUGAGAGAGCCAGUGGAUGAGCUACGGUCUGUGGUUUUUGAGAUCCUUAAAAAGAGACAGAUUCAAGGUUUGUCUCUGAUGCCAAAAGAGUGUGAAGCAGAAGAGACUGGAGUGUGUGAUGAAGAGCACACCCCAAAACCCAUCAGUGCCCUCAUAUCUGGAGCGAGGGGAGACUCGUCUGUCGUCAAGUAUAAAAUCACAGCGACCCCAGGGGGCAAAAGGAGUCAGCGAGGAGCAGAAGCAGGGCAAGUGGACGGUCAUGAGAUCCGCUUCUUCACCCCGGUGCGCCGCUCGGUGCGGAUCGAGAGAAGCGCUCGGCGUUAUCCCACAGCUUUGCUGGAGCACGAGCCCUGUGUGACCUCUCUCUGUGAGCUUGCAGGUGAGCGUCAGGAAGAGGUCAAAGGUCAGAGCUCUCCUGUGUAUGUGUACCGUGAGAACGAAGCGCUGACAGACCGCGUUCACAUUACACUUGUUUAUCCAGAGGAGGAAGAAACGUGAUGGUGUUUAUCAGCACGCUCUGACCUUCAAAGCAAUCAAUUGUUUUAAUCGUUUUCAUUCUGCAUUCACUAUUUCUCUGUAAAAUAUUAGCAGCAGAUUUCUGUAUGUUACCUGAUUGGUUCAUACCUUCAUUGCUAUGCAGCACUGCUGUAUGUACAGAUAAGAUGAUGGUUUUGUCUAAAUGUGCUGCAAAAGACUUGACACGACGUCUAACUUAUCUUUAAAACUUUAGUUAUAAUUUAUGAAUUAGACUCAAUCUCUGCAUGAAUCUUAUUAAAGCAUAUUUGAGUCAGUGUUGCUGUAAUUUUGUUCCAUUCAAAGUGGAGAGUUAUUGAUCAGACGAACAAAGCGAACAAACAUUUUAUGAAUCUUUGCAUGCUCUGUGCUCUGUUUUUAGGUCAUUUCCCAUUGGUGUUAUGUAAUAUGACUUUAUCUACAGUCUUCAUUGUUUAAUAAAUCUUGAAAUGUUGAU